GGGGCUGGUCGGCGCGCGGUGCUCUGCCCGCAUCUGCCAUGCAAAGCGAGGGAGCGUUAUGAAGGAAUCCGUCUUGUAAAGCCAUUGGUCCUGGUCAUCAGCCUCUACCCAAUGCUUUCGUGAUGCUGCCGCUGAUCUAUUUGGGAAGUUGGCUGGCUGGCGAGGCAGAGCCUCUCCUCAAAGCCUGGCUCCCACGGAAAAUAUGCUCAGUGCAGCCGCGUGCAUGAAUGAAAACGCCGCCGGGCGCUUCUAGUCGGGCACGAUGCAGCCGCCAACUCCGCUCGUCCUGUGCGUCCUCCUGUCCCAGGUGCUGCUGCUAACAUCUGCAGGCGGUUUGGAGUGUACGCCGGGCUUUGAGCAGAAAGUGUUCCACAUCGAACAGCCAGCUGAGUUCAUUGAGGACCAGUGGAUUCUCAACUUGACCUUCAGUGACUGCAAGGGCAACAACGGGCUCCACUAUGAGGUCUCCAGCCCGUACUUCAGGGUGAACAGUGAGGGCGGCUUGGUGGCCCUGAAGAAUGUGACUGCCGUGGGCAAGACUCUGUUCGUCCAUGCCCGGACGCCCCACGCAGAGGACAUGGCAGAGCUCGUGAUUGUCGGCGGGAGAGAGAUCCAGGGCUCCUCGCAGGAUAUAUUUAAAUUCACCAGAACUUCUCCUGUCCCGAGACAAAAGAGGUCCAUUGUGGUAUCUCCCAUUUUAAUUCCGGAGAACCAGAGACAACCUUUCCCAAGAGAUGUUGGCAAGGUGGUGGACAGUGACCGGCCCGAGGGCUCCAAGUUCCGGCUCACUGGGAGAGGAGUGGACCAAGAGCCUAAAGGCGUCUUCCGAAUCAAUGAGAACACGGGCAGCGUGUCCGUGACACGGAGCCUGGACAGAGAGGCCAUCGCCACGUACCAGCUCUCGGUGGAGACCAUCGAUGACAGUGGAAGGACCCUGGAGGGGCCGGUCCCGCUGGAGGUCAUCAUCAUCGACCAGAACGACAACAGGCCCAGCUUCCGGGAAGGGCCCUACGUGGGCCACGUCAUGGAAGGGUCACCCACAGGGACCACCGUGAUGCGGGUGACAGCCUUCGACGCGGACGACCCAGCGACCGACAACGCGCUCCUGCGGUACAACAUCCGCCAGCAGACCCCUGACCGGCCGUCCCCCAACAUGUUCUACAUCGACCCCGAGAAAGGGGACAUCGUCACCGUGGUGUCGCCCGCCCUGCUGGACCGGGAGACACUGGAAAACCCGAAGUACGAAUUGAUCAUCGAGGCCCAAGACAUGGCCGGGAUGGACGUGGGGUUAACGGGCACAGCCACCGCCACCAUCCUGAUCGAUGACAAAAACGACCACUCGCCAAAGUUCACCAAGAAAGAGUUCCAGGCCACCGUGGAGGAAGGGGCCGUGGGCGUGAUUGUCAACCUGACGGUGGAGGACAAGGAUGACCCCAGCACGGGCGCCUGGAGGGCCUCCUACACCAUCAUCAACGGGAACCCGGCCCAGAGCUUCGAAGUGCACACCAACCCACACACCAACGAGGGCAUGCUCUCCGUGGUGAAGCCGCUGGACUACGAGAUCUCUGCCUUCCACACGCUGCUCAUCAAGGUGGAGAACGAGGACCCACUGGUGCCCGACGUGGCCUACGGUCCCAGCUCCACGGCCACAGUGCACAUCACCGUGCUGGACGUCAACGAGGGCCCUGUCUUCUACCCGGACCCCAUGACCGUCACGCGGCGCGAGGACGUCUCGGUGGGCAGCGUCCUGCUCACGGUCAAUGCCACGGACCCCGACUCGCUGCAGCACCAGACCAUCAGGUAUGCCGUCUACAAGGACCCGGCGGGCUGGCUGAACAUCAACCCCAUCAACGGGACAGUGGACACCACGGCCCAGCUGGAUCGCGAGUCCCCAUUCGUGCGCGACAGCGUGUACAAGGCCCUGUUCCUGGCCAUAGACAGCGGCAACCCGCCCGCCACGGGCACGGGCACACUGCUGGUCACCCUGGAGGACGUGAACGACAACGCCCCCGUCAUCCACCCCACGGUGGCCGAGGUCUGCGACGACGCCAAGAACCUCAGCGUCGUGGUCCUGGGGGCCUCAGACAGGGACCUGCACCCCAACACGGAGCCCUUCAGGUUCGAGAUCCACAAGCAGGCCGUCCCCGACAGAGCCUGGAAGGUCACCAGGAUCAACAAUACACACGCCCUGGUCAGCCUUCUCCAGAACCUGAACAAAGCCAACUACCACCUGCCCAUCAUGGUGACCGAUUCAGGGAAGCCGCCCAUGACGAACGUCACAGACCUCAGGGUGCAAGUGUGCUCCUGCAAGAAUUCCAAAGUGGAUUGCAAUGCCGCGGGGUCCCUGCGCCCGGGCCCCUCCGCGCUCCUGCUCCUCGGCCUCUCGCUGACCAGCCGCCUGUGUCUGUAAGGACUCGGACAGCCGGAAGCUCCAGGGCCGCGGG